AUGCCCAAUUUGGGAAGUUUUUGGAAGUCAUUAAGAGUGCAUAUCUCCGUCCCUUUUGUUGAUGCUAUGAAGCAAAUGCCCCACUAUUCCAAAUUUUUGAAAGAUCUUUUGAGUGGGAGAAGGGAGUGUGAGACGGUGAGUUUAACCGCCAAUUGUAGUGCAAUUCUUUCUAACAAACUACCUACCAAAUUGAAAGAUCUGGGUAACUUUUCCAUCCCUUGUUCUAUCAAUGGCUUUGAAUUUGAUAAAGCCUUGUGUGACUUAGGAGCAAGUGUGAGUCUCAUGCCCUAUUCCGUCUACCAAAAGCUUAGUGUAGGAACCCUCUCUCCCACUAACAUUACUCUCCAACUAGCGGACCGUUCCGUUAAGUUCCCCAUGGGAAAAGUUGAGGACAUUCCCCUUAGGGUAGGAAAGUUCACAUUCCCCGUGGAUUUCUAUGUGCUAGAGAUGGAUGAGAAUGAGAGGAUUCCUAUAAUUUUGGGUAGGCCAUUUCUAGCCACUUCUAGAGCUAUCAUCGAUGUGAAGGAGGGGAAGAUAUCCUUGAAAAUUUACAAUGAUUCUAUUGAGUUUGAUUUGAACAAUGUCAUGCAACAACCCUCCUCAAGUGGUGAAUGCUUUAGGGUAGAUAUUCUUGAUACGGUUCUUGAUGAAUUUUCUCGCUCCCACUUGCAUGCUACUAAUGAUCCCCUUGAAAGUGUGUUGUUGAAUGAAUCAAAGAUAGGUACUCACAAAGAAGACAUACAAUUCUAUGAGGAUUUGCUUAAGGAAAGCAAGAAGGAGUGCAAGGGCGCGAGCAUGGAAGAAUAG